GAAGUUGUUUUCAUUUUCUUACUUUCCUCCUCAUCUUGGUUUUCCUUUGACUGGAAGAUAUAUCUCUCUCUAAUCGUGAAAUCAUCAUUAUCAUUAUCAUUAUCUAGGGUUUUCACCAAUCAUCUUCUCCUACCUUCAGAUCUCUUCUUCUCCCACAAAUCAACGUGUUUGAUCGAUUGAUUGGAACACAGGAUCAGCAAUGGAAUCUGAAGAAGUUUUGAAGGUUGUUUUCCCUUUACUGGAGGGUGUUGAUCUUGCUUCUUGUAUGGGCGUCUGUAAGCAGUGGAAUGACAUAGCAAAAGACGAUUUCUUUUGGAAAUGUCAAUGUGCCAAGAGAUGGCCAUCAAUCUGCAAGCAACCUAAUGCUCCUAUUGAAAGCUACUACAAGCUAUACAAAAGCUUCCAUAAACGGCAGCAACACAAAACUCUUCUCCCUCCGAGAAUCUCGUUUGAUGAUUUGGAGUUUUUCAUUGACAUAUGGGCUGAAAAUAUACUGCUCUUCUCAGAAGUGGUGCCUGGCUCUGUCCUGCAGUCAGGUUUUAAAUGUCCACCAUCUGGAGUUUCUGACUUACUCAAAUAUCACCUCGAGGGUUCUGAAUACAAGAUGACUUUUCCAGUUGAACCUAGGUUUACUAUCCCUGCAGGACAAAAUCAGAAUGUUAGUGUCUCUGUUAUGGUUGGUCGGAAGGAUACAAAUAAGGUUGCACGCAUCAUAAAUAAGUCCAUGUUUGAUUAUAUUGAUCGGUCAUCAUAUAGAGCUUUGGCGUUUGAAUACCUAGACAUAUCCCCUGGCUACCCCUUUUUGUCCGGCAUCCGGGCAUGGAUCUCUUUGCUAUUCACAGAAGUUGGAAGUGAAGAUGUUAUGGAUGUUUUUGGGAUUCAAAUGGAUUUCUGUGACGUGGCAAAUUCUAAGGAAGAAGUCUUGUGGUUAUUGGACAUGCUAUAUUGGAAGUGAAUGUUAAAAGUGUUGUGUCCCAGCAUUGCCUAAAAAAUGUUUGGACUUUGUGGUUUUAUGUUAAUUUGUUUGGUUGUGAUAUAUUAUUAUCAGCACGUAAUUGUAUAAUUGUUUGGUAUUGAUAUCUCAAAAAUUUCAUGGUCUUCAAUAAAUACUUUUUUUUCGCAUGUACUGGUGAACAUUUAUGCAUCUCAAUAUCUCAUCAUA